AAAAGCCACAGCACGAUAAAUGCCCGCUCAGUAAAGAUUCGUGAUGCAAGUGGCAGCAGGCAAAAGCCACUAAUAAAUUAGCUGAAUUUAAGCAUAAGCCAGCUCUUCCUCAAAUGAUUUUUAAUGCUAUUAAGCCAAUCUAUGAAUAAUUAAGCAGUGACGAUCUUCUUAAACGUUGUUUAGGUGGCUACACCCAAAACAGUAAUGAAAGUUACAACGCUUUGAUUUGGUCAAUGGCUCCAAAAUCAAUUUCCAGCGGCAAAGUUAUUAUUGAUACAGCAAGUAAUAUUGCUGUUUGCAUGUACAAUGAAGGAUAUUCAAACCUUAUGAAGAUUAUGAAAGAAUUAAGCAUGACAAUUGGACCGAAUUGCUACAAUUACUGCCUCGAGACUGAUGCACGGCGCAUCAAAUAUUCAGAACGCUCGUUGACAGAUGCUGCAAAAGAGGCUCGAUCAUCACUAAAAUCGGCUAAGAAGGAUCAGGAGGAGGAGAACAUCAAUGAAGAAGGCCAAUUGUAUGGUGCAGGUAUCGCAAAGCAAAGGUAAAUAAAAAAUUUCUAUCGCUGAUUGUUACAUAAAACUUUAAACGUGUUUUUCUCGAAAUCACUUUUUUCAAACUGGCCGGACUCAUAACUCCCACAAAUCUUGACCGAUUUA